GGACCUAACCUCUUUCAGGACGACCACGAUUCUGGCCUGUCACAUGGACCUGCACAACUACCCUCUCGAUGUUCAGAAUUGCACCGUGGAACUUAAGAACUAUGGCUACACGACGAAGGACGUCGACAUGAUGUGGAAGAACAACAGCGACGGUGGCGCCGUGCAGGGAGUCGAGAACAUCACCCUGCCGCAGUUCGAGAUCAAAGGUCACAAGACGUUGACCACGCUCGAAGAGCUAGCCACGGGGAAAUACAAGCGACUGUCGCUCUGCUUUAAGCUAGAGCGAAACAUCGGCUAUUUCAUCUUCCAGACCUAUCUGCCGUCGAUCCUCAUAGUAAUGCUGUCAUGGGUCUCCUUCUGGAUCAACCACGAGGCGACUUCAGCCAGGGUAGCGUUAG